AUGGCGACAGUCCUCACCGAAUGUCCCGAAGUUCCUCGCACCUGGGACGAGCCUAUCGAAACAUACCUGUCCGAUCACAACAUAGCAUGUGAAAAAGCAACUCCUCUGACAGGUGGAAACUCGGCUUACAUUUGGCGUCUCGAUGGCUUCAAGAAGGAUGGGCAGACGCAUGGUCGUUCUGUGUUCAAGUAUGCCGACACAGAGAUCAAGGGCAUGGUGGACAUGGAGGUUCCGGCUGGACGAAUGCUCACUGAGAUCCGCGCCUUGAACACGACCGUCGUCCAGAAGGCCUGUGAACAAGUACCAUAUGUCCAGAUACCCACAGUGCUUCAGACCACUGAGGAAGGAUUUGUGAUGAGCUGGGCAGGGGAGGUCGACCUUCGCACUGCAUUUAUCCAGAACAAAGAUCUGGAUGCAGAGGCACUCGGGUUGCGCCUGGGGAAAUGGCUGGCCAGUCUCCAUGUUGCUGCAGUUGGCGAUCCAGGUAUCAAGACCUGGACCAAUGCUCUUAUUGAGGGCGUUGUGGAGCGCGAAGCAGCACACCUGCGGACAGGCUUCAGAGAAAGAGGUAUCCACGAUGAUGUGACGGAAAGAGCCGUAGCACUGCUGCAACAGCCAGGUCCUGUACAGACCUUGACUGUCUGUGACUUCCGACCGAUGAACACGCUCUUGAGCUCGAAGGACAGCGUUGACGCGACUGCAACGGUUGUGGACUGGGAGUGCGCGCGGUAUGGCGACCCGGCUUUCGAUAUUAGACUAUGGGCAGCCGAGGCGAUGGUCAUGGAGUCGAAGUACGGUGAUGGUCGAGGGCUUCUGAGAUCGUUUCUGCAAGGCUACGUUCAAUACGCAGGCCCGGAAGUCAUCACUAGCGAGUUCGUUUGCCGGGUGGCUGUUGUGAUGGGAUCCAUCCUCUUCUGGCUCAUGCCGUUGGGCAUCUGGGAUGUCACCGAUGAGGCGGAAGGGGAGCAGUGGAGGCUGCUGGCAGUCGAGUACAUUCGAGCAGGAGCGAAUCGCGAUAUGGCAUGGCUGUCGAAGAGCGUGCUAAGCCCAUUGCUAGCGAAUGUCGCGCAGGAUAGCACGAGGGCCGAUCGAAAGGAAGAUGGCCGGCUUCCGGCAUCGCCGAUCUCCGGUUGCUAG